AUGAGGCAUUUACUAACGAUACCAUCAUCUCUAAAUACAGACCCUUUGUAUUUUAUAUAUCGAGUAAUUCAAAAAACUACUUAAACAUUUUAGAUUUCGAGAAAAUCCUUUGAGGCAAUAGCUGCUUAUGCCUAUCAUUUAGCUAUUAAAGGAAGGAAGUCAUAGUAUUAUUCUGAUUAAAGAUUAAAAAAUUUACAUUAGAACUUAUAGCUAAAUUUUGCUAAACUACAUCUCAAUUAAUGGAAUAAGUAAUUAGAGAAAACAUUAACGAGUAUCUUUAAGAUAGUGAUACAUAAAUUCUAUCAAUUUUCUGCCAUUCGACAUUACUAUAUAUUAUGUGAAAUUAAUAUAGUCAUCUUAUUUUACUAUUUUCCCAUCUUUAUCAUUUAACAUAUCAGUAGGAUUUUGAUUAACGAAAUUGCUCAUUCUAUAUAAAAUUCAAGUGUCUAUUAGCUUCAAUAAUAUUUCUCAUAUCAAAUUUGUUUAUUUAAUCAAUGUUUAUUUAAUUUUUUUUUAUUUAUGAGUAUCCAAGAUUAAGAGAUAGGGCUACAGGAGCUUAAAAUUCAAAUAGAAGGUUUAAUAUAAAAUAGCAUAAAAACACGGGAUUAUUAAAUCAAUGUAUUUGUAAAAUUUGAUUCGUACUUUAUUUAUAUAAUUAUACAAUAGUGUUUUAAGAAAAUAGGUAAAUUCAACUCCAUAGGCUAAGUAAUUAUGCAAAUAGAUAAUUCUACUAAUGCUAACCUGUCUAAAGGAUGCUUAUGAUAAAACAUUUAAGAAAUUGUCUGAUUUAGAAGAAUUUUUCACUAAUUUUCUCCAGUUUUAAACUACAUCCAAAUAUUUGAAUCUUGCUUGCUAUCAUAUUGUAAUUGAUUUUUCAUGAUUUCGUUAGUGUUAAACCCUUAGUCAGGAAGAGACCUUCAGUUUCUAUGAUGUAGCAGUCUGCAAAUUUAUUAAAGAUAAUAUUUAACAUAUUCAACAAACUAUUUUUAAAAAUUUGCUGAAUCAUCUAGAACAAAUUUAUAAAAAACAAGAAUAUGAAUUUGUUCAUAAAAAGUAAGAGCUUGAGGUUAAUAAUUCUAUUAUGAAAUAUCAGAAUUACAUUUAAAUAUUAUUAGCGAUUUCAGAGAAUAAACUGCUACUUCAAAGAGACAUUAAUGUGUUUGAUGAUUUAUGUUAAAAGGUGCUGUUCAAAUUUAUAGAGGAUUAAUACCAAUAAAAAAAUUAGAAAUGGUCUCAAGUAUAUUCAGUUAAGGAUUAUCUAACAUUAGUUGAAAGAGAUUUAAAAUUAAAUGAGGAAUUGUUUAAGUCUUUAAUAGAAUAAGAAAAAUUAAGAGAUCAUUAUAUAAAUAUUUUGAGAAUUGUAUAUGAAAAAUUGCUGCUUCCAUAUAAAGGGGUAAUCCUAAGAGAUGAAAGAGGGCUUUAAGGGUUGUUGAAGGAAUUUCAAGAUUGUAAUGAUAAGGAAAGUGUAAGAGAGGAAAUCAUUCUUAUUUUGAGAGUGUAUUCCAAAUUCUAAGACAGGGAGGAAUACUUCAAUGAUUUUAAAUAAAACUUUUAAGCCUUUGUAAGGAAAGCAAUUGAUGAGCAAUACAAAAAGGAAACUCUGCAUCAUGAAUUAGAGAAAUAAAAGUCGAAAUAUAAAUCUCUAGUAAAGAUUUUAUGCGAUAUCUAUGAUAAAUUUAACGAUCUAAUUCAGUAAUGCUUUAGACAAAGCACUGGUUUCAGUGGAAGAUAUGACCUUGAAAUGAUUGUCAAAUCAGAACUCAACUUAUUUUUCAUAAGUUUAGAAUAAGUAAUGAAUAUUUUAUUACAAAGAGUAUUCAAUUAACAUUGUAAUUAUGCAAUUAUGUACAUGAGUUGACUCUGUAGAUGGCCAGGACUGAUGAUCAAUAAUAAAGAGAAGAGAAUUAAGAUGAGAUAAUAAAGGUAUAAGAUUCUUUGUUACCUUAUGUAUAAGACUCCGAAUAUUAUCUAAAUGUAAAAAUUUCACUCAAUAUCAUAGAUUUAUUAUUAUCGUUUGGCUUCAAGAUUACUUGGUUAUCUGUUCUUUUUUGAUAAAAAAUCGGUCAAUGAUCAUCUAGAAAAUGAAAAAUAAAUACUUGAUAAAAUGAAAAAAUUCUUUGGAAAUAAUAAGCUAAAAAAGUUGUAUAAGAUGAUUACUGAAACUUCAGAUCUUGCAUAGAAGACCCCUGUAAGUACUUUUGAUGGAGUCACUUAAGAAAUCAUUCAAAUCAAUAAAAAGAAAUGGCCUGUACAUUAUGGUAAUGACCAAAAUAUAUUUAAAUANUCAACAAACUAUUUUUAAAAAUUUGCUGAAUCAUCUAGAACAAAUUUAUAAAAAACAAGAAUAUGAAUUUGUUCAUAAAAAGUAAGAGCUUGAGGUUAAUAAUUCUAUUAUGAAAUAUCAGAAUUACAUUUAAAUAUUAUUAGCGAUUUCAGAGAAUAAACUGCUACUUCAAAGAGACAUUAAUGUGUUUGAUGAUUUAUGUUAAAAGGUGCUGUUCAAAUUUAUAGAGGAUUAAUACCAAUAAAAAAAUUAGAAAUGGUCUCAAGUAUAUUCAGUUAAGGAUUAUCUAACAUUAGUUGAAAGAGAUUUAAAAUUAAAUGAGGAAUUGUUUAAGUCUUUAAUAGAAUAAGAAAAAUUAAGAGAUCAUUAUAUAAAUAUUUUGAGAAUUGUAUAUGAAAAAUUGCUGCUUCCAUAUAAAGGGGUAAUCCUAAGAGAUGAAAGAGGGCUUUAAGGGUUGUUGAAGGAAUUUCAAGAUUGUAAUGAUAAGGAAAGUGUAAGAGAGGAAAUCAUUCUUAUUUUGAGAGUGUAUUCCAAAUUCUAAGACAGGGAGGAAUACUUCAAUGAUUUUAAAUAAAACUUUUAAGCCUUUGUAAGGAAAGCAAUUGAUGAGCAAUACAAAAAGGAAACUCUGCAUCAUGAAUUAGAGAAAUAAAAGUCGAAAUAUAAAUCUCUAGUAAAGAUUUUAUGCGAUAUCUAUGAUAAAUUUAACGAUCUAAUUCAGUAAUGCUUUAGACAAAGCACUGGUUUCAGUGGAAGAUAUGACCUUGAAAUGAUUGUCAAAUCAGAACUCAACUUAUUUUUCAUAAGUUUAGAAUAAGUAAUGAAUAUUUUAUUACAAAGAGUAUUCAAUUAACAUUGUAAUUAUGCAAUUAUGUACAUGAGUUGACUCUGUAGAUGGCCAGGACUGAUGAUCAAUAAUAAAGAGAAGAGAAUUAAGAUGAGAUAAUAAAGGUAUAAGAUUCUUUGUUACCUUAUGUAUAAGACUCCGAAUAUUAUCUAAAUGUAAAAAUUUCACUCAAUAUCAUAGAUUUAUUAUUAUCGUUUGGCUUCAAGAUUACUUGGUUAUCUGUUCUUUUUUGAUAAAAAAUCGGUCAAUGAUCAUCUAGAAAAUGAAAAAUAAAUACUUGAUAAAAUGAAAAAAUUCUUUGGAAAUAAUAAGCUAAAAAAGUUGUAUAAGAUGAUUACUGAAACUUCAGAUCUUGCAUAGAAGACCCCUGUAAGUACUUUUGAUGGAGUCACUUAAGAAAUCAUUCAAAUCAAUAAAAAGAAAUGGCCUGUACAUUAUGGUAAUGACCAAAAUAUAUUUAAAUAUUAUGAUAAUCAAAAAGCAGAAUACCAUAUGAUGCAUAAUUAGCAAUACAAUGUUGUAUUUAGUGAUACUUUAUCUUAUGUUGAAAUCCAUUGGAUUGAAGUAAAUAAAUGGCUAAUGAUAAAUUGUGUAUAAGCAGCAAUUUUAUUUUUGUAUGAUAAAAAUGAAGACCCAAAAUCCUUAGACUAUAUUUCUGAUUCAAUCAAAUUAGAAAAGAGUUAAGUUAAAUUUCAACUCGAUAGAAUGGUAUUUAAUUCUUUUUAUAAAAGGUCAAACUAAAAAUUCUUUGGAAUGAUGAAUAAUGUUAUUAUUUAAAUAAUUCAUAAAUUGAAUAAGAGAUCAAAGAAGAAUGGAUCAUCAUGGAACACAACAUAUACGAAAAUGAACGAUAUAUAAAUGAAAGUAUAUAUGUUAGAUCUAAAUUAAGUUAAACCUAUUGUUGAUAAAACAUAAGAUUUUAAGUAUCAGCUAGAUGCAUGUAUAAUGAAAGUCUUAAAAGCAGAAAAAAGAGUGUUUCACACAACAUUACUUGAGAAAGUUUUGCAACAUUUUUAUCCAACCGUAAUUACAAAUGAGUAACUCAAAUUAUCCAUUGAAUUUCUAUCGAAAUAUUAGUACAUCAGUAGAGAUCCAAAAGAUUUAUCAGCAUAUCUUUAUGAAUGA